GCCAGUCCAUGGUUCACCUUAGCAGACCAGUUCUGCCCUGCGGCCUGGCCCCUUCCAGCCACAGGGGGGUGCUGCUCUGGAGCCGAUCGCUGCGAAUCUUCUGGGACCACGUCCGAUCGUAGCAAGCAGCGUCUGGCAGGGUUUUCCCGCCAGACUUAUUCCAAUGCGACCAAAGUGGCCAUCAACAGCUGGCUGGCCGAGCUGGUCCGAGGCAGUCGAGCAUCCAGCGCCGACUCCAUCUGGAGCCUGCUGCUGGAGACCCAUGAGCUCCAGACUCUGUCCGCCCUCCGUGCAGCCGGCGUACAUGCAGCGAAUGAUUCGACCAUCGUGCCGAACCCCAGUGGUGAGGAGUCUGCAGCGAUACGGCAAGCCGCCCCUGGAAUUUGUGCUGUCCCUUGCACAUCUCACGAGUUACUGGCAGCCUGGCUGACUACAGGGAAGGAUGUCGCCCCUGAGCUGAAGGCCUUCAGGUCGCGAUGUCCGGGCUUCGACUUUGUAUGGCUCGACUACUGUGGCACGCUUGGGUCAUCCCCUGGUCGACGAAGGCAGGCGGACCUGCGUUCGCUCUUCACCGGCUCGCUUCUUCGGCCGCGGUGUGUGCUGGCUGUGACGGUUUCGGAGCGUGGUGCGGCGAGACUCUACAGGGGUGAGCUAGCGGACGGCCUGGUUCUCUGUGUGCGGGCUGCAGCGCGGGAGGUGCAGCAGCAGGUGGCGCUCCUGGGGAUUGCGGAGUACAAAGCCCCGACUCCCAUGGUGCUUGCAGCCUUCGUCGUUGAUGCGGAAGCUGCAGCACUUGCAGCCUGCAAGCCAGUUGCAGAAGGACUCAGUUUCGUGCCCGGCGAUCACUGGUGCGUCGGUCGUGGUUUGGCUGCUGGCCUCGAGACGCCACUGGCAAGGGCUCUGAGGUUUGCCGCUGGGGCCUUUGCCACCGCAGCCGGGAGAGGUGCAAGCGCCCUUGCCCUCGAAUCAGUGAAGCUCUUGCCAGUCACACAAGCCCUGGAAGCCUGCGGGUGCACUGUGCUGUCGUCACUGCCGGACCAGCUGGAGGCCGAGGUCGCAGCUGCCAUCCACGGACGAGCGAUCGGCGUUCUCUCGGGAGCUGCUCUGCUGGACUACCUGCAGCAACUGGCCCGCAGGCCGCAGGAGAUCUUUGCGGCAGCCUGGCUUGGCUACGAUGGUGGGAGGGCUUGCACAUCAACACAGCUUCACAGCUGCAGUGACUGGUCGCAUCUCAAUGAGCUGCUGGGCCUGCGGCUGCUUUCGACUGAUGCACUGCUGGCAGUUACUGUGGCCUAUGUCUCAACAGCUGAAGUCUGGCUGGGCAGUGCUGUCGAUUGGACCUUAGCUGGUCUGCGACAUGCUUGUUCACGGCACGGAUAUCACGUCGCCGCUGCUUCCGUCAUGAAGUUCACGGCGAACAACUCCCGCCUCGCUGUUUUUCUGCGUUUGGGGCAGGGGCCGAGAAAGUUGGAGGCAGGUGUGCUGCCACCAGCUUUGCUGAACCAACCUGGUUUCGAGGAGGCCGCCGGGGCUUCCAUGGAAUUCCACAGCAGCUGGGAUGAGGCUCGGGUGAAGACCCCCUCAGCAGAAGGACGGCGGCUGCGGCAGCUCCUGCCGGCACUGCGCCAGCUUUUGGCAG